CCUGGUGGAGCCGAAACUUCCUCAGGCAGCCCUGCUCGCUGCAGGAUGAUGAGGGGAAGCCCUCAUCGUCCAACCAGGGAGCAAGGCUGGAUUGACCUGGGAGAGCCAAAUUUGCUUGCUCGUGACCAGAAGGCAGGCAGAUCAUCAGCAGAUUCACACCACCAUCCUCGACGUAUGCCAUGCGAUUGUAGUGCAAAACGGGUGGUGGGAUUUGAUUUUUUAAUUUUUCAAAAAAAGUCUUGUGGCAGCGAUCUAGCCCCACAGCAGCCCGGUGGCCCCGUGGCCUGCCGCCUGCCUCUGCUGUUGUCCUCACUAGCUAACCGCCCGUACCUGGGUACCUGGGAAGAAGGAGAUAAUAAUCAGCAAUGA